GACACAAGCAAAUGGACAAGCUGAAAGCCUACGAGCAGCUGAAAAAAGACCUUGAAAAUGGUGAGAUUACCCAAAAAGGCUUUGAUAACAACGUAAAAAGGCUUCUGACAGCAGAAAAAUCAGAUGACACUCCUUCAACAAGUGGCAAUGAAUUUCUCAGUGCAGCAGAGGCCUUUGGUAAAGCCAAGAAACUACUACAGCCUCAAGUAAAGAAAAGGCAAUUUCCAUUGAAUGAUAAACGUUUGGACCAUGGCAAAUCAUUAUUGAAGGUCAGAAUGGCUCCCAUGGAGUGGAAACCAAGAACUCUUAGAAAGUGUGGACGGUACCAGAAGUUAAUAAUGGACGAAGCUCCACCUCGAAUCAUCCUGCAAGGCCAUGAAACCUAUGAUGAUUUAAUUACCAUAGCCAAAGAACGCUUCUGGCCAGAGCGUACUGAGGGGAGUGAGUUCACUCUUUGCCAUUCUGACGGGACCAGGUGGAGUAAGGAGGAUUUCCACAAAGAAUACAGAACUGUUUCUGAUAUUACACAUCUGUGGAAAAGAACACUAUACAUCGGGCGAAGACAACUGGAGGUCGUGUGUUUGGAUGAUCAAAGUUCCAUCUCAGAUGAAGACCCUGUAACUAAAGUGGGUGGUGAUGAAAGUUGCAGUUUAGAUGAACUUCCUGAAACCCUCAUAGGACAAAAUGUUGCAGAACAGUGUAUCUUCCACGUGUUCCAUAUGUGGAAGAGGCUUUAAUUACAUACAGCGAGGACAAUCUACUGGGAGAAGGGACAUUUGGCAAGGUAUAUAGAGGUUCUUUUCAUGGUACUCCAGCAGCUGUUAAAAGGAUCAUGUGUGGCCAACAAGGGAUGGAGGACAGCGACAUUCAUCAUGAGAUAAAUGUUUCACUGAGACUGUCUCACCCCAACAUCGUCAGACUCAUGGCAGUUGCCCGCACUGAGUCCUGCUUUUUGUUGGCAGCUGAAUACAUUCAUGGCGCAACCCUGCAGCAAGUGCUUCACACAGACAGCUGCUUGGUGAAGCUUGAAGGGGAUGAUGCCGGUUUCAUAUCACUGGACUUAUCCAUGGCAGUAGAGUACAUCCAUGCACAGAGAAUCAUUCACCAGGAUAUAAAGCCAGCAAAUGUCAUGGUUCACCACCCUUCUAAGAAGGCAGUCCUGACAGACUGGGGCAUGGCAAACAUAAGAGACACUGUGAUGCUUCGUCAAGGGAGUAAGUUCACUGCCCAGGCUAUUGGUC